UAUGAAUGCCAUAAAUUAUUGUAGCUAUGAGCUUGGUGAGAACCUAUCUGAAGAUGUACUUAGUGAAGGCACCCCCACUAGUCCAGUAAAGGUCUCUAAAAGACUUAGUCAUAAUAUGGAAACAACUCCUUUUAAGAUUUGUAAAUCUAAGAAGUUAACAAAGGAUUUAUUGAAGAGUAUCAGGCUUCUUAAGAGUUUGAAGCAUAAGAGAAAAGGAGUUUCAUAUAAGAAAAUGUACCCAAAGAAUAAGUUCAAGUCUUUUAACGAAGAAUGAGAUCCAACCCGAUUUGAAAGAUUAUUGAAGAAGAGUAAAGAAGAUUCGACAUCCCACCAUAAUAUGUCAUUGAAAGAUGGAAUUAGUAAUACGGUAAAGAAAUCUGAGGGGAUCCGGAAAAGUACUUUUGCCCCCUCUAAGGUGUACCAGAUGAACUCUUCAUCAGUGUCAGAAGACCAAGAGAGUAGUGAAGAAGAAAGAGAACUGUUCACAUUUGGAAAUGAUUCAUAAUUAUCUUCAUAAUCUUAAUAUUCAC